AUGGCUCUUCCUCCGCCUCUGCGCACCUCAGUAACUCCUCCAGAGCUUGAGCUCAUAGCCUCCGAGCAGCUGGUCGAAAUCGUACCACUCAUUGCCAUGGAGCGCACUGCAUUCAUCUCGGGAGCCUAUGGGCCUCUUCGACCACCAUCAAAAUGCAAGAUACCUAUCUGGAUGGCAACAAACCUUAAAUUAAAAAAGAAAUGUCACAUUGUUCCGCCUGAAUGGCUGGAUGUCGACUUUUUGCAGGCUCGUCUAGCGGAGGAAACUACACAGCCAGAAUUCAGCAAACUUCCAUUCCGCUUCGCCGAAGUGGCAAAGAUCCUACUUGAUAUCGCGCAAGAUGAUAUUCCGAAUUCCGACAAGAUUCUAGUACUCCUCAAAGAUAUUCGAGAAGCCCGACAGGCCAAGAGCCGAGAUGGUCUGCGCAAUAUCGAUCACAACGAACUGACCUUGCCGAACUUGUGUUCAAUGGAAAUCAACGAGAUCCGACCGUUCUUCAUACGCGCAAUGAACGUUUUGACGCAGAUCACACGAGACCCGGCCGGGGUUGAUAACGGGCGACUCGACGGAUUUUGA